AUGGAAAAAAAGAUAGUGCGCAAAGAGCCGCUGCCUGGAGGUCGCCAGGGCGCGUCUGGAGCUGGCGCUGGACGCAACAGCAUGCGGACCGCCAGCCGAGCGCGGGGUGUUGCAAGACCACCUAGCAGCCCCCCACAUCCAUCAUCCCCACCAGAAGACUUGGUGACGGCUGGGUCUUCGCGGGCUCAGCAAGCGGCACCCGCCGCUGGUGGAACACGUCGCAUGCGUUGGUCAAACUUAAUGAAUGCAAACGCACUGCGGGCGUAUUAUAGGGCAAAAGGGGAAGAAACUGGAUGUUUGGCGUAUCGGGCUAGGAUGCAUCGCUUUUUUGCAGAGCUGGAGCCAUCUCUAUCCGUCACCGAGCAAAACCUGGCAGACUGA